AUGGAUCCAAAAAUGGGAUCUGGAAAGGUUCAUAUUAUCAUUGUUGUCAUUGGACAUGCCAACUCCGGCAAGUCCACCACCGCCGGUCACUUGAUCUACAAGCUCGGUGGUAUUGACGGCCGUGUGAUUGAGAAAUUUGAGGAGGAAGCUGCUGAGAUGAACAAAAGGUCAUUCAAGUAUGCUUGGGUUCUUGACAAGCUCAAGGCUGAGCGUGAGCGUAUUGUUGCAGAAGCUGAUAUCUCUAAGGAUGGUCAUACCCGUGAGCAUGUUCUCCUUGCUUUCACCCUUGGUGUGAAACAAAUGAUCUACUGCUGUAAGAAGAUGGAUGCCACCACCCCCAAGUACUCCGAGGCUUAUUAUGAUGAGAUUGUUAAGGAACUUUUCGUUCUACCUGAAGACGCUUGGAUUCAGGAGCCCAAGAGGCCUUCUGACAAGCCACUCCGACUUCCACUUGAGCAUGUUUACAAGAUUGGUGGAAUUGGAAGUGUCCCUGUUGGUCGUGUUGAGACUGGUAUUCUUAAGCCUGCUCUUCAGGAGGCUCUUCCCGGUGACUAUGUUGGAUUUAGUGUUAAGGACGUUGCUGUGAAGGAUCUUAAGCAUGGAUAUGUUGCACCCAAAUCCAAGUAUAACCCAGCUAAGAGAGCUUCCAGCUUCACUUCCCAGGUCAUCAUCAUGAACCACCUUGGUCAGAUUGGCAAUGGAUAUUCCCCUGUUCUUGACUGCCACACCUCUCACAUUGCUAUUAAGUUCUCUGAGAUCUUGACCAAGAUUAACAUGCGUUCUGGUAAGGAACUUGAGAAAGAGCCCAAAUUCUUGAAGAACGGUGAUGUUGGUAUGGUUAAGAUGGUUCCCACCAAGCCCAUGGUGGUGGAAAAUUUCUCAGAGUACCUACCUCUUGGUCGUUUUGCUGUGAGAGACAUGAGACAGACCGUUGCUGUUGGUGUGAUCACGGAUGUUGAGAAGAAGGACGCCUAG